AUGGAUAUAGUGUUGGAUGCUUUGAGAACGAGAAACCUCGAGAUUAAAAAGGAACGCAAGGAUGGAGAGAAAAAUUUCCCUUUGAAUAAGAGCAAGGAAGCAUCAAGUAGCAAACAUGCAGGGGAUUCUAAUGCAGCAAAUGUUACUGAUAGGAAAAUGAUGGGUGAUCAGUUUUGCUUGGUGAUAAUGCUGCUUGUGAUAAAAGGAAUUGGGUUAGUUCGAAUUGCAACACAUGAUGGCGAAUUAGAUAGAGCAGGUUAUGCCUAUAAAUCUGAUAAUGGAGUUCUAAAGGUUAUCAAGGGUUCUUUGAUUAAGCUGAAGGGGACCUUGAGGAAUGGUCUUUAUGUAUUGGAGGAUACUGCAGUUUCAGGUAAUGCUGCUGUUGCAUCUGGGAAAGAAACAUAUAAGUCUAUGUUAUGGCAUAACAGACUAGCUCAUGCGAGUGAAAGAGGUCUUCAAGCUCUUUCACAACAAGGUUUGCUUAGAGGAGUUAAAUACAUUGAAUUCCCAUUUUUUGAAUGCUGCAUAAUGGGAAAGUCUACUAGAGUGAAGUUUGGGAAAGAGAAGCAUUCUACCAAAGGAAUUUUGGAUUAUGUUCAUUUAGAUUUGUGGGGUUCUACAGAGGAUGUUGUGGGAGCAGAGUUAUUCUCUUUGCAGAAGAAUCAGACAUGGUCAUUGGUUCCAAGGCCUUCUAAUCAGAAACUCAUUCAGUCAAAGUGGAUUUAUAAAAUCAAGCCAGGUACAGAAGGUGAUAGCAAGCCUAGAGAAAAGCUGCUAUUGGGCCAAUUGCUUGAUGGGCUGUGCUUACGGAGUCCAUUGCCGAAAGAACAAAGAACAGCCUUCAACAAAGAGUCUCAAAACUCAAAAACCCUAUCAGUGGAUGAUCGAUUCUCUCUGAGUGGAGAAAUUUCUCAUCAGUUCAUCACUGAGAAGCUAGAAAUGGUUGCCAAUGGAGGUUCUGCGUUGGAUAGGAAGCAGUUGGUAGCAUCAGCGCUGGCCAAACACUUCGCCUUAGAUCAUAAUGCAUUGAUUGGAGGAAAUACGGAGUGUGAUUUUAGGACCUAUGUAUUAAACAUCUUGAAAGUAUCAAGAAAUGGUGCUUCUGUGGAUGAUAAUGAUGAGGUGACAAAAUGGAUUACAUUUGCAGAUAGCUUUCCUGUAGAUUCUAAGGCAUGCUUUGAUGUUCUCAAACAAUUAAAUGAAGAAUUAGCUCAAAAGUCUGUACUUUUGGGUAAUGGAUUGAAGCCAUCUGAAGCUGAUGUACUUGUGUUUUCAAUACUACACCCUUAUGUGAUUGGCCUUUCAAACGCAGAGAGGGAAGAGUUGCCACACGUUUUAAGAUGGAUGGAUUACAUCCAGAGCAAAGAGAAUUUUGGGGAGUUAUUUCAAAAAAUACUGCUAGAGAAAUGUGAAUUCGAUUUUCCAGGAAACAAAGUUGUUGCCAACAAUGUUAAUGAAGAUUCAAAUGCCAAGAAGUCUUCGCAAAGCACCAAGGUUUCAGAUAAGCCUCAAGUGAACCCAGACGCUAAGAAAACUGAUGCGGGGAAAAAAGAGAAGGAAAAAAAGGAAGCUGCACCAGAAAAGAAGAAACCAGUUGAGACAGAAACAGCGGACAAAGAAAAGGAAGUUAGUGUUAGUUUAUUGAAUAUAAGAGUUGGCCAUAUUCGCAAAGCAUGGAAACAUCCAUCUGCUGACAGUUUGCUGGUUGAGGAGAUAGAUGUUGGCGAAGCAAAAGUGAGGCAGGUUGUCAGUGGUCUGGCAAAAUACUUUAGUCCCGAGGAGUUAACGAACCGCCUUGUUGUUCUUAUUACUAAUGUAAAACCUGGAAAGCUACGAGAUGUUUUGUCAGAGGGAUUGGUGUUAUGUGCAUCUAAUGAAGAUCACACCGUCGUGGAGCCUUUGCUUCCACCGGAAGGAGCCAGAAUUGGUGAACAAAUUUCAUUUUCUGGGGUUGAUGGAAAGCCAGAAGAUGUUCUUAACCCCAAGAAGAAGCAACUAGAUAAGAUAACACCGCAUCUCUUCACCGACGACAAGGGUGUGGCGACGUUCAAAGGAAUUCCUUUCACGACGUCGGCUGGACCGUGCACAUCGUCCAUCCCCAAGGCAAGUAUCAAAUGAUAGAAGCAUAGCCAUGGUAGUAGAGAAGGAUCCCCUAAUAUUGUAUGUUACUUGGCAAACCAAAGAGUGACUUUUGAAGACAAUGGGGCAUUGGUCGAUCAGAUUAAAUGCAGCUUCAUUAUUUCAGGUAAAGUUUUGUUAUAGUUUUUUCAUGGUCUUGAAAUUGUCAUUUAUGAUACUUACCAAUUCUCACAUUCGAGUUGUGUUCUUAUGAUGUAAAAGUAUUUGAAUAUAUUCACAAUUUUGUUUAAAAGUAAUCUCAAUUUCCCAACAAA